UAAUAUGUAAAAUAUUAUAGCAUGCGCACGCAUGUAGAUUAUGGAAUAAAGAAAAGGUGGUUGGAAAGAAUAAAUGUAGAAUUUUUGUGGUGAAAAGAAAAAAAAAUAUCAAUAUAGAAAAAAUUAAUGCAAUAAAUAAUAUUAAUUGUAAAGAAUUAUAUUUUUUAAAAAUUGAAGGCCUAUUUGUAGCUUAUGUAAUUAUAGAUUUACUUAUAAUAAAAGAAACUCUUACACCGGCUCGUAUCGCAUAACUAUCUUGAUCGAUUUAUUUUUCAUUUAUUCUAUAAUGGAAGCUUUGAUACCUGUAAUAAAUAAAUUACAAGAUGUGUUUAAUACUGUUGGUGCUGAUGCUAUACAAUUACCACAAAUCGUAGUACUUGGUACACAGAGUUCAGGAAAAUCAUCUGUAAUAGAAAGUUUGGUUGGUCGAUCUUUCUUACCAAGAGGUACUGGUAUAGUUACUAGACGUCCUUUAAUAUUGCAACUUGUUUAUACACCUAAAGAUGAUCGUGAACAUCGAAGUGCAGAAAAUGGAACAUUAGAUUUAGAUGAAUGGGGCACAUUUUUACAUACUAAAAAUAAAAUUUACACAGAUUUUAGUGAAAUUCGUAAAGAAAUAGAAUCUGAAACAGAACGUAUGGCUGGAUCUAAUAAAGGAAUUUGUCCAGAACCAAUUAAUUUAAAGAUAUAUUCAACAUCAGUUGUUAAUUUAACUCUCAUUGAUCUUCCUGGUAUUACAAAAGUACCAGUUGGUGACCAACCAGAGGAUAUCGAAAGUCAAAUACGACAACUUGUUUUAAAAUAUAUAUGUAAUCCUAAUUCUAUUAUAUUAGCUGUUGUUACUGCAAAUACUGAUAUGGCUACAAGUGAAAGUUUAAAACUUAGUAAAGAUGUGGAUCCAGAUGGAAGACGUACAUUAGCUGUUGUUACUAAAUUGGAUCUUAUGGAUGCUGGAACUGAUGCUAUAGAUAUAUUAUGUGGAAGAGUUAUACCUGUAAAAUUGGGAAUUAUUGGUGUAGUUAACCGUUCUCAACAAGAUAUAAUGAAUAAUAAAAGUAUUCAAGAUGCAUUAAAAGAUGAAGCUGCAUUUCUGCAACGUAAAUAUCCUACUUUGGCAAAUAGAAAUGGAACUCCUUAUUUAGCUAAAACUCUAAAUCGUUUAUUGAUGCAUCAUAUUCGGGAUUGUCUUCCAGAAUUAAAGACGAGAGUAAAUGUGAUGGUUUCACAAUUUCAAACCCUUCUUAAUUCAUAUGGUGAGGAUGUUAGUGACAAAAGUCAAACUUUACUUCAAAUAAUUACUAAAUUUGCAAGUAGUUAUUGUUCCACAAUUGAAGGAACAGCUAGAAACAUAGAAACAACAGAAUUAUGUGGUGGUGCUCGAAUUUGUUAUAUAUUUCAUGAAACAUUUGGAAAAACACUGGAUUCCAUACAUCCGUUGGCGGGUCUUACAAAAAUGGAUAUUUUAACGGCUAUUCGAAAUGCAACUGGUCCAAGACCUGCUCUAUUUGUACCAGAAGUUUCCUUUGAAUUAUUAGUUAAACGACAAAUUCGAAGACUCGAAGAACCAUCAUUACGAUGUGUAGAACUUGUACAUGAAGAAAUGCAAAGAAUUAUUCAACAUUGUGGUACUGAAGUACAGCAAGAAAUGUUGCGUUUUCCAAAAUUACAUGAACGUAUUGUUGAUGUUGUAACGCAAUUACUACGUCGACGUCUCCCACCUACUAAUCAAAUGGUUGAAAAUUUAGUUGCUAUAGAAUUAGCAUAUAUUAAUACCAAGCAUCCAGAUUUUCAUAAGGAUGCAGCUCUUGUAUCAUCUUUAUUAAAAAAUUCUAAUGUAGAUCAUAUAAAACAUAAUAGGAAAAUUCCUUCUACUACAAAUACCACAUCAAGUAAUAUAACUUCAAAUGAAGCAAAUGUAAAAUCAAUUAAUAAUCAAGAAGAAGUGGCAUCUUUACCUGAACAGAAUAAGGAUCAGCAAGGACAUCAAAUGGUUUUAAGCAAUUGGCUGUUAAAUAAUCUUAUACCUCAAGGAAGAACUGAUUCAACUAGUUCGAUUGAUAAUUCUCCGGUAAGAAAUCGUGAAAGCAGUACUUCUCCCCAUCCAAAUCCAAGUUCAAAUCCAAUAAUCGAAGUACAGAAAGCAUCUUCACAACAAAAACCUGUAAAUCUGUUACCUGAAGUACCGGUGCAAACAUCUCGUAAACUGAGCGAACGAGAACAACGAGACUGUGAUGUGAUUGAAAGAUUGAUAAAAUCAUACUUUUACAUUGUACGAAAAUCUAUACAAGAUAGUGUACCAAAAGCUGUCAUGCAUUUCUUAGUUAACUAUGUAAAAGAUAACUUACAAAGUGAACUUGUAACACAUUUAUAUAAAUCACAUCAUGCUGAAGUUCUUUUAAAUGAAAGUGAACAUGUUGCUGUUAGACGCAAAGAAGCAGCAGAUAUGCUAAAAGCAUUAACACAAGCUGGUCAUAUUAUUAGUGAAAUUCGAGAAACGCAUAUGUGGUAAUAGAAUUUAUCUAUUAUUUACAUGAUCAGUUUAUAGUUCAAUUUAGACAGUUUGGUGGUUUAAUAAACUGAUAAAUGAAGUCACAUGUAUGUCUAAAUACUGUAUAUAAUUUGUAUUUUUCAUGCAAAUAAUGUUUACAAUUAUAAUAGUUUUUAAGAUUUUUUUUAGUUUUAUUUCAUUGAUAUAAAAAAUAAAAUAAAUUACACCUGCAUUUAUAAUAAAUUUCGA